AUGCGUUACGCGGUCUUAGUAUGUGGCCCAGCAGGAUCGGGAAAGUCGACGUUUUCAUCCACUUUGAUCACUCAUGCUCAUACCAUUGGACGACCGAUUCAUCUCUUUAACCUGGACCCAGCUGCUGAGGAAUUCGAAUACGAACCCUCAAUCGAUAUUAGGGAUUUGAUCUCGCUUGAAGAUGUGAUGGAGGAAUUAGAACUAGGUCCCAACGGAGGCCUCGUUUAUUGUUUCGAAUACCUGCUGAAAAAUCUCGACUGGUUGCAGGAAAACCUGAAUUCAUAUGACGACGACUUCCUGAUAAUCGAUUGCCCUGGUCAAAUCGAACUAUAUACACACUUCAACAUCAUGCAAAAAAUCGUCCAAGUUUUGACGAUGGAGUUCGAUUUUCGACUAUGUGCUACCUAUCUACUCGAAUCAAACUUCAUAGCCGAUCGCCCCAAGUUCUUCUCUGGAGUACUUUCAGCAACAUCAGCGAUGAUCAACCUAGAGAUACCACACAUUAACAUACUUUCGAAGAUGGAUCUAUUUAAAUCGGGAAGAACGGCGGCGGGCACGAUCGCCCAAAUCGGUCCGAAAGAACUAGAACGAUACUUAGAUCCUGACCCCGACCUGUUACUAGGCGAGGUCAACGAGAAAACUAAUCCGAAGUUUCAUAGUCUCAACCAAGCCAUCAGUCAUUUGAUACAAGACUUCAACAUGGUAACUUUUUUACCUUUAGAUAUCACAGAUGAAGAUAGUAUUGGCUCAAUUCUCAGUCAUGUCGACAAUGCCAUUCAAUAUGGUGAACACGAAGAGCCGAAGGAGCCACAUGAUAUGGAUGGGGGUGAUUUCAAUUCAGCCGAUAAUUAG